AAUAAACGCGGCUUUUGUCACUUUAAUUUUUGCUAAAUAAUAAUUCCUAUUUUAUCUAUCUUUUCCUCUUUAAUUAUACGCUUCGAGCUUCAGUAGUUCACUUAUUAGUGUCUAAAAAGUGGUAUUUAAUUAAAAAAUAAAAACAUGGCCGCUACCAGCGUCACCAAUCCAUCAACAUUGUUGCCGCUAGAACUGAUUGACAAGUGUAUUGGAUCCAAAAUACAUAUAAUCAUGAAAAAUGACAAAGAGAUCGUUGGAACACUUUUGGGGUUUGAUGAUUUUGUCAACAUGGUCUUGGAAGAUGUUACUGAGUAUGAAAGUACUCCGGAAGGUCGCAGGAUAACAAAAUUGGACCAAAUAUUAUUGAAUGGAAACAAUAUCACCAUGAUGGUACCUGGUGGUGAAAUGCCUGAAGUCUGAUAUCAGUCAUGCUUACUUAUACACCAUUGUGUUUCAUUAUAAACCAUAAUUUUGUGUUGUAAAGUUCCAUGUCCAAUAAAAUCUUCACGUUAUCUAAGAUCUUUUCGUGUGGAACUU